ACAAAAAGGACAACAUGUCAGCAGUCACUCCUCAGAUCGAAGGUAUAUCAAGGGAAGAGAGGACACCGACUUCUCUACCCAAUCUAGACAGAGAGUCAGCGUUCACUGUCAAGUCCCAGUCAUUGUCUGCAGAGGAGCAGGAGUUUGUCCUCAAGAGGAAACAAGUCGUACUGAAGUCACUCAACAGCCUGGGAAUCGAGUGUACAAUGGAGUCAGUUCCUCACAUUGCAGUCUUAGGGUCAGGUGGGGGUCAAAGAGCAGCCGUGGGUCUGCUGGGUUCCCUCUAUCAGAUGGAAAAGGAAGGUCUGCUGGACACUCUGCUCUACCUGGGAGGAGUUUCUGCCUCUGCCUGGUCCAUGUCCACACUGUACAGCGACCCAGAGUGGAGCUCCAACAUGGACAGAGCGGUGUCCAGGCUGUCAGGUCCUAGUGUUAUGCUGGAACAGGCUCUGACCUGGUUGGACAAGAGGGCAAAGGAUGAGCACUUCUCUCUUACUGAUAUCUGGGGGGUCUUAACCUCUGCUGGGAUCAUGAAACAGGUAUGUUUCAAACACGCAGAUUGUCUCUGUCUCUCUGUCUUUGGCACAGCUAAAUGGUUUGAGAUUACUCCUCACGAGGCUGGCUUCACAGAUCUGGGUCUCUUCAUUAACACCUCUCAUCUUGGUAGCAGAAUUCAUGAAGCAGAGCCUGAUGGUAAAGGGCCAGAGAUGGACAUGGUCAAGCUGCAAGGUAUAGUUGGCAGCGCCAUCGCAGAUGAAGGCAGUUUGGUGAAUUCCAUUCCUGACUGGCUAAAAGAUCUGGUGGGUGUAGCAGCUGCUGAUGAAAACAACUUACUGGAUAGGAUGUUUCUCCGGACUGAAGUUCCACAUCAGGUCAACAGUUUCUUAGAUUUCUUGGACAGUUACAUGCGCAUGAACAACGGCCUUUUGAAACUAACAGAGCUGAUCAAAAAGAACACAGAGGAUCCUGCUGUUUGGUCUGGAGUGGACAACCUGCAGAAAACACUGAGAGCCUCUUCAUUGAUCCAGAAAGUCUUCCCACUCAUUUGGAAAUGGGAAUGGAGAACAACUGAAAACUUCCUCUACAAUUAUUCCAGUGCUGUGGUGCCACCUUGUGUCAGUCAUAAGGAGCACCUGCAGCUGAUAGACGCUGGUUUGAUGCUGAACCUGCCCUACCCGCCCUUCCUUGGAGGAAAGAGAGACGCAGACCUGCUCAUUGCUCUGGACUAUGGAUCUGAUGAAGCCUUCAAGACCCUGACUAAUGCCAGAGACUAUGCAGCCGCUGUAAAGAAGCCUUUCCCAGAGAUAGACAACAAAAUCCUGGAGGAGAGAGACUGGCCAAAGGACUGCUAUGUGUUUGAGGGAAAAGAGAAGGAGCCCACGAUUGUUUACAUGCCGCUCUUCAACAGACACAACUGCAAAGACGCACAGAAGGUCAAAGAAAAGAUGGAGGAGUUCUACACCUUCCAGCUUCCGUUCAGCCAGGAUAAGAUUGAGCUUGUGUUGGAGACGGCCAAAGCCAAUGUGAAGAACAACAAGGAAACUCUGCUGAGGGAGAUUUACAAGGCUGCUCUCCGCCGACACAAGAGGUAUUACAGCACGUCAUCAACAAAGCAUGGUCUCUAAACUUCAUGGAAAUUGUGUGACACAAGCACUUAUAUCUUUCAUUAGCUGUUUUAUUUUCCCUUUAAUUAAAUUUUGUUUUUGUUGUGUUCAUUAAUUAAAUAAUUGUCAGUAAAAUUGAAA